AUGUCUUACAAGUACAAGGCACGAGCUAUCAACGACGCUUCCCAUUGCUGCCUGACCAGUUACUUUUGGAGAGCAAUCUUUUUUAUGACCAUCGACGUAAAGUUCACGAUUACGCUCGGCGCAUCACUUCUCGCUUGUUACUUGUAUCCAAUCUGGAAAUCAGGGAGAAUGUCCACAACAGGCUCUAAUGCAGCUGCCACUAGCAGUGCUGGGGGAGGUCGAUAUGACCCUAGCAUCGUUGACGUUAUCGUCGCCAAGGCCAUGUUGACCAAGGCUCUCACUCUACCUCCUGAAAUCAUCGACAAGAUUGUUGACCUCGCCGAGUACUGGCCACACACUACAACCGAACUCAAUGGCACUACCGUGAUUGCACGGGGGAAUAAUACCACUCUUGGGAGUAGCCGCACUGGGGCUGAAGAUAUGUUCCUACCGCCUGGGGAAGAGUACUCGGCCGAUGACUUCCAGCAGCUUAUCGCAUCGCCCAUAUCGCUACUCGCACAGCCAUGUCGUCGCAUCGUCUUCACCAUUCGUAGCCGUGACCAAGGCUGGGGCGGCUCUCGAGACGACCAUGGUACAUACCACGGCUCAUGGUCAUGGUUCGAAGCUGGGUUGGAACGUUGGUGCAAAACCAGUCCCGCCCAAACAAGCUCGCCAGAGCAACCAGACCAAACGGAACAGCGGCUCCAAGAACCAUCCCUGAAGCUGGACGACUUGUGCACCGUGAUUCCAGAGGUGGAGUGGGAAGGAGAGGUCCAAAACGCGUACAUCUUCAAGCACGAGCUUCAUCCGUCCGAUCAACUCAAGGUCCAGUGCAAUCUGACAGCGGAGAAGGAAAGCCCUGGAGCACCGCGUGGUCUGGAGUUACACGGAUGA